GGAGAGGAGGGAGGGAGGACACAGCCAGCCAGCCAGCCCGGGCUGUCCGUGAGUGCCGCUGUUUACCCCUGCAGCCUGGGGACCUGACUGGGGGAUCCAGCGCCCAGGUUCUGCCCCCAGUUCCCUGCUCUGCGGAAGUCCCACUGCCAUGGAGUCCAGCGAGUUCAGGAGGAGAGGGCGAGAGAUGGUGGACUACAUAGCUGACUACCUAGAAGGCCUCGAGGGGCGCCGAGUCUACCCCAACGUGGAGCCCGGCUACCUGCGCCCCCUGCUCCCCAGCUGCGCCCCCCAGGAGCCAGACACAUUCGAGGAGAUCAUGAAGGAUGUGGAGAGGGUCAUCAUGCCUGGGGUGACCCACUGGCACAGCCCCCACUUCUUUGCCUACUUCCCCACGGCCAACUCCUUCCCGUCCUUACUUGCCGACAUGCUGAGCGGGGCCAUCGGUUGCAUCGGCUUCUCCUGGGCCGCGAGCCCGGCGUGCACGGAGCUGGAGACGGUGAUGCUGGACUGGCUCGGGAAGAUGCUGCAGCUGCCAGCAGCCUUCCUGGCUGAGGACAACAGCGAAGGGGGCGGUGUGAUCCAGGGAAGCGCCAGUGAGGCCACGCUGAUGGCCCUGCUGGCCGCUCGGAGCAGAGCGAUCCGCCGCCUGCAGGCUGCCCACCCCGAGCUGACCGAUGCCGCCAUCAUGGAGAAGCUGGUGGCCUACUUCUCGGACCAGGCCCACAGCUCCGUGGAAAGAGCCACGUUAAUCGGGGGAGUGAAGUUCAAAGCCAUCCCUUCGGACGACAAGUUCUCCAUGCGUGGCUCCGCCCUGCAGGAGGCGCUGAGGAAGGACAAGGCGGCUGGUCUGAUCCCUUUCUUUGUGGUGGCGACCCUGGGGACCACGUCCUGCUGCUCCUUCGACAACCUCUUGGAACUGGGGCCCCUCUGUAACAAAGAAGACGUGUGGCUGCACAUCGACGCCGCCUACGCGGGCAGCGCCUUCAUCUGCCCCGAGUUCCGGCACCUUCUCAACGGCGUGGAGUUUGCAGAUUCCUUUAAUUUCAACCCCCACAAGUGGCUCUUGGUGAAUUUUGACUGCUCUGCCAUGUGGGUGAGACGAAGAGUGGACCUGAUAGGCACCUUCAAGCUGGACCCGGUGUACCUGACACACAGCCACCAGGACUCAGGGCUGAUCACCGACUACAGGCACUGGCAGCUGCCGCUGGGCCGCAGGUUCCGCUCCUUGAAGAUGUGGUUCGUCUUCCGGAUGUACGGAGUCACGGGGCUGCAGGCCUACAUCCGCAAGCACGUGCGGCUGGCGCGGGAGUUCGAGUCUUGGGUGAACCAGGAUCCGCGCUUUGAAGUCUGUGCGGAGGUCACGCUGGGGCUCGUCUGCUUCCGGCUGAAGGGUUCCAACAAGCUGAACGAAGUUCUCCUGGACAGAAUAAACAGCACCGGGAAGAUCCACCUGGUGCCCUGCCUCCUGAGGGACAAGUUUGUGCUGCGUUUUGCCAUCUGCUCCCGCACGGUGGAGUCUGCGCACGUGCGGUUCGCCUGGGGGCACAUCCAGGCGCUGGCGACCUCGCUGCUGGAGACCUGGCGCGAAUAGGGUCAGCGCGGCAGAGAUCCAAAGGUGAAAAGAAGUGUCUCUCGAAAAUGGAAUAAGAGAAUAAACGCCAUCCCAGCUCCGCUGAGAAGCCUCUGCGCAGCUUCUCACGACCUUCUCCAAAGCUACCUAGAAGCUUCUGACUGUGUCUCUCGUCUCUCAUCAAUGAAGAAAUUUGACCUGCUAUAUGAAGAGUUAAUUCCAGUGUAUAUUGGCUUUAUUCAUUAUUUGGCUGUGCUUUUUGUUGGUUAAGAAAAUCAGUGCUUCGCGUUCCUGAUACCGUCAUUGGUGGGAAAGGCUAUGGAAUGUUCCCCAGGGCAGUCUACGGGGAUGGGACAGGAGAAUACACCUGUGGCCUUUCACUUGCUCUGUCCUGUGGCUCAGUGCUUAAUAAACCAUCUGAAGUGC